GUAUCUUGUGGGAGUACCAUGUGAGUGACUCUGUACAGAUAUCUGGAACCUGUGGUGACCCUCACUCCAAUAUGUCACUCUGGAGUAGGCCUCAAUGGAGCCCUGGACACACAGCACCUUCCCUCGCCUGCCUGGGCCUCAGUUUCCACAUCUGUGCAAUGGAGAUGAGUGUCCUUGCCCUGCUAGCCUCCGGGAGUGGCUGUGAGGUGGUGGUGGUCAAGGUGGAGGCCUGUGGGAAGCCCUAGGGUGCUUUCACAGGCCUAGCCUUCACCAUGGCUGGAGGGAGACCUCACCUGAAGCGCAGUUUCUCCAUCAUCCCCUGCUUUGUCUUCGUGGAGUCUGUGUUGCUGGGCAUUGUAAUCCUGCUUGCAUACCGCCUGGAGUUCACGGACACCUUCCCUGUGCACACCCAAGGCUUCUUCUGCUAUGACAGCGCUUAUGCCAAGCCAUACCCCGGGCCCGAGGCUGCCAGCCGAGCUCCUCCAGCCCUCAUCUAUGCCCUGGUCACUGCUGGGCCCACCCUCACGAUCCUGCUGGGGGAGCUGGCACGGGCCUUCUUCCCUGCUCCACCCUCUGCCAGCCCUGUCAGUGGAGAGAGCACCAUUGUGUCCGGGGCCUGCUGCCGCUUCAGUCCCCCACUUCGGAGGCUGGUCCGUUUCCUGGGGGUGUACUCUUUUGGCCUGUUCACCACGACCAUCUUUGCAAAUGCGGGACAGGUGGUGACCGGUAACCCCACGCCUCAUUUCCUGUCUGUCUGUCGCCCCAACUACACGGCCCUGGGCUGCCCACCGCCAUCUCCUGAUCGGCCAGGGCCUGACCGCUUCGUCACGGACCAGAGCGCCUGUGCAGGCAGCCCCAGUCUGGUGGCAGCUGCACGCCGCGCCUUCCCCUGCAAGGACGCGGCCCUGUGCGCCUACGCGGUCACCUACACUGCGAUGUACGUGACCCUAGUAUUCCGCGUGAAGGGCUCCCGCCUGGUAAAGCCUUCUCUCUGCCUGGCCCUGCUGUGCCCCGCCUUCCUGGUGGGCGUGGUCCGCGUGGCAGAGUAUCGCAACCACUGGUCAGACGUGCUGGCUGGCUUUCUGACCGGGGCAGCCAUCGCCACCUUUCUGGUCACCUGUGUUGUGCAUAAUUUCCAGAGCCGACCCCCCUCUGGUCGAAGGCUCUCCCCCUGGGAGGACCUGAGCCAGGCCCCCACUAUGGACAGCCCCCUCGAAAAGUUAAGUGUGGCCCAGGAAGCCGAGACCUGCAGGCCGCAUUCGACACCGGCACGGCUCACCCCAUCCAAGCCGCAGAACUGUGCCCGCCGUGGCCACCUGAUUCCCAGCUGUGUGUCCUCCAGGGCCCCAGCGAUGUGCUCCUCGCCCCGUGUGCCCCGCCCUCGACUGAGGUCUGAGCCAACACCCCUGCCUCUGCCUCUGCCCCUGCCCGCACCGACUCCCAGCCAGGGUCCCUCGCCUUCCUCCCCUGGACUCGGGGGCCCAGGUGGGGGAGGUGGUCGCGGCCGGAAGCUGUUGCUGCCCACGCCCCUGCUCCGGGACCUAUACACCCUCAGUGGACUCCAUCCCUCCCCUUUCCACCGCGACAACUUCAGCCCUUAUCUGUUUGCCAGCCGCGACCACCUGCUGUGAGACUCACCACCUAGAAAUCUACCCAGUGUCCCCUGUUUCUUCCCUGGCACGGCGUGCCUGUGCCACGUGAGUGCUAAAGGACCCUGCCCUCCAAAACAGCCAGGCUCGGCGUCAGAAGAUGGCUGGAAGGACACUUGUGGGGGUGGAAAGGAUCUCUUGGCUGCUCUUUGGCUUUCUUAAACAUCCGGGGAGGCAAAAAUAAUCAGAUGGGCCCAUGUCCCUAAGACUGCCCUUUUAGCGACUGACGCUUGACCCAACUGGUCAUUGUCAAGCCAGUGAGAGCUCCUAGUUCUCAGAAUUCAACCUAAAAGUUUACUUCAGCCAAUGGGAACCUCUCACUUGUUAGCAACUCCGGCCAAUGUGCAAUGUGCAAUGUGCAAUGUCUAAACAGCCAUUAAGAGCCCUUGGCUUUCAGAAUUGCUGAGAGUGGGUGGGAAUGAUUCCAGUCAAUGGGGGACCGCCCGUGUCAAAGCCAAGGAGGGCUAUCCAGAUUCUCCCUAGAAUCAUGGAGUCAGCUGGAGGGUGGGGGCAGGCUCUCCCAUAGCAGGGUCCUGUGGCACCCCUACCUUUCUAGCUCCUCCUCCAGGUGCACCAUCUCACACCCUCCAACUCCCUACUUGAGUAGGGCUUGCCCCAGUUCACAGGUUUUGGAGUUCCGGGUGCUGUCUCCCCUUGGCUGUGCCCAGGGCACCCCCAAACCUCCUAUUAUUUAUUAGGGCUGUGGAAAUAUAUUUUCUUGGGACUCACCCUUCUUCAUACUGCCCCCUGUGCCUCAUGCAGAUGUGCCAUCUUGGGGGGGGCGUGGGUGAAGCAGAAGGGGGUUCCCCUAUCGAGAAUAGCCAAAGGCAGUGGGCAGAUGAGACACUGUCCCCCUUCCCUGCCUCCCCCCUCAUCUUUAAUAAAGACCUGUUUGUAACAGAA